CCACAUUGAUCAUUGAGGCUGGGAACACUGCAGAGCACACUAGUCUAACUGUUUAGUAGAAUACCACCCAUCCUUUUUUCUUCCCCUAUCUGACUGUGUGUUGUGUGGGCAUUUUUUAAAAAAAUGUGUCUACAAUUCAGUGACUUGGAGCCAGGGUUUCUAAGAUACUCUGCAAUGUGACCCUGAAUGGUUUGUUUCUCUUGUGUACCUGGUGAAGUUAUAGCAUUCUCUUAACUACUACUGUGUUUAGUUAAUCUGAAUCUUAACAAAAAUGAUUAUUGAUGUUGUGUUAUCUGGCAUAAAUGUUUCUGAAAAUUAGUUUAUUUGAUUCUACUGGGAAUGUUUUCCUGGUCUGAUUGAAGGCAAAAAAAUCUCACCUGCCCAAACACUGCACAGUUAAUCUGAUUUUUUUCAAAAUCUUUCUCCUUCAGCCUCUACAAGUAACAGGGGGGCUGAGCCAAAGACUGGGACAUAAUCACACUAAUGCCCAGGCCUCUGUCUGCCAUUAGCCCUCUGGAAGAGAGCCCUCUGCUUAGGAGACUAUCCUCUCCAGAGCAGCUCAGGGGAAAUGAAGAGGAACAGAAAAUGCAUAUCUCAAGCUCCACUUACAAAUAUAGGAAUGAGGAAUUUAAGAGACAAUUCUCGCACCUGCCAGAUUUGGAAAGGCUUGUAGUAGAUUAUGCCUGUGCUCUCCAGAAGGAUAUCCUCCUUCAAGGACGUCUGUAUCUUUCUGAAAACUGGCUUUGUUUCCACAGCAACAUCUUCCGAUGGGAGACCACAAUUUCUAUCGCCUUGAAGGACAUCACCUUCAUGACAAAAGAGAAGACAGCUCGGCUCAUCCCAAAUGCCAUCCAGAUAGCAACUGAAGGGGAGAAGUUUUUCUUUACUUCAUUCAGUGCCAGAGACAGAAGCUACCUCAAUAUCUUUAGAUUGUGGCAGAAUUCGUUGUUGGAGAAGAGACUGACCAAGCAAGAAUUCUGGCAGCUUGUACAGCAAAGCUAUGGCUCUGAGCUGGGCUUGAACACGGAAGAGAUGGAAAACAUUUAUUCUUCAUCAGAGGAGAAUGGACAGUCAAGAUCUAGCCUUUGUGACGAAUCUGGGGAUAAAGAGUCACCUAAAGCAGUUGGUGUAAUUCGAGAACCCAUUGCUCAGAUACUUGAAGUUGAAACGGAGUCUCUUAAUGGAAACAUAUGGACAGAAGGCCCUGAGUUAGAGGAAUUGCACUGUGAUAAACAGGACAGGAGGAGUUCCCUGCUUCCUUCAGAAAGGAAGCCAGCUGAUGUAGCACAACGCAAAUUCUCAAUACAGUCACCGGAUCUAAAUGAGAACUUCGCUCAAGAGAAGAGCAGUGCGUCAGAAAGCGACGAAGAAGAUGAGGAAACAUUCCCUGAGAGCGACCUCCAUGGAAAACUCUUUAUUAAUCGGGUUUUCCGCAUUGGUGCAGAUAGGCUGUUUGAAAUGCUUUUCACUAAUUCCCAUUUCAUGCAAAGAUAUUUCAGUACCAGAAACAUAACAGAUGCUGUAACAACCCCUUGGAACAGAGACAUUGGAGGCAAUCACUUGAGGACCAUGACUUACACUAUUGGGCUCAACAAUCCACUUGUUGGGAAAUUCACAACUGCAACAGAAAAGCAGGUCCUGCAUAAACGGAGCCACAAAGAUCAUUGCUAUCGGAUAGACACGGAGGUGGUGACACACGAUGUACCUUACCACGAUUACUUCUACACCGUGUAUAGUUAUUGUAUUGUUCGCAUGUCCAGCCAGAAGUGCAGACUACGGAUCUCCUCAGAUGUGAAGUACAGAAAGCAACCAUGGGGGCUUGUCAAGAAUAUAAUAGAGAAAAACACAUGGGGUGGGAUAGGAGAAAACUUUAAGCAACUUGAAUCGGAAUUGCUAAUGGAAGAAUAUGAAAUAAACAAAGCUGUAGAGGAUCCAGUGAAACUUGGUGUUUUGAGGAGGAGGAGGUGGACUUUACAAAGGAAUGUGGGAGAGAUACUUCCUAAACGUUCUUCACAGUACUCUUCGGGGGAGACAGGUGCACCUUCCCGUGGUGAUGGAGGACCAAAAAGGAAUGCUACAAAUAAGACCAUCACCAUCAUAGUGGUAAUGAGCAUCUUCUUGCUCCUACUGGUUUUGCUAAAUGUGACGUUGUUCCUCAAACUGUCCAAGAUUGAACAUGCAGCUCAGUCGUUUUACCGUGUUCAGCUUCAGGAAGAAGGAUCUGUAAAUUUAGCCUUUAAUGUGGCAUCAAGAGAAAAAACUCACCAGCAGGACAAAGAUCAAGUCCAGCAUGUGAAAGGAGUGCUGAGGGACUCCAUAGCAUUGCUUGAACAGCUGAAGAAUUCCCUUUCUAUGCUCCAAAGCAGCUUUGAUCACCUAAACAAGACCGACAGCAGGAAGCCUGAAAGCUGAUGUCACCAAAGGAGGAUGAAGAUAUUUUGUACUGAAUGUGGAGCUGCUUAUUUUUCUCACAUUUCUGCUCACAACCACUUGCACACCUUAGAAAUAUAUCUAUAAAAUGUGUUCGUUUUUAAAGCCAUUAGCCUGUGAAUUCUCCUGAUCCACUUGACAUCUUCUUGUGAGCAGUUUCCUGAACUGUGAAUACCUGGUGUGAAUGAGUAAGAACAUUGUGUGGUCUGGUAAUUAUGUGAUAUGCAAAUUGUAGGGGGAGAAUUCAGCAAGCAAUGUGAUCUGUAAAAAAAAUAUAUAAGUAAAUUGGACUCACAUCUGAUGAGAAAAUCAUUCACAUUAUGAAGGAUGCAGCAUAGAUUAUCUUGUGGAGGUUGUAACACCCAGAAGUUCUCCAUAUGGUAUUUUUCCAUAUUCAUGCAACAAUUAUUCAAAAGUAAGCAAUUUUAAAGGUCUGUACAUAUGUUCUAGAAAACUAUUUAUAAAUAUGAAUUUUGAACAUACUGAUUGUUUUGGUUGUGUGGGUCUUCUGCUGUACGAGUCAAAGCAAUUCUACCUCUUUCAACCACUGUCAUUUCAGCUCUCAAGAUUUCUCAGGAAUUGUCCUUAUAUGUCAGAGAAUUAAUACUCUGGUUUCUCUUCAGAUCGUAUAAAUCUUUCGCCUUUUAUAUGUCAGAGAAUUAUAUUCAAAAAAUGGCCAGUCCCUGAAUAUUUUUAAACGGCAACCAGUGCAUUAAUCUGACUGGCAUGUUGAGUCCAUUGAGACUUUUUCUGAUUUUAACAUUUUACAGUCUUCAGGCCUGGGAAUUCACUUAGUCUUUUGGUUGUGUUAUAUCUAUUUUGUAGCACAGACUAAGACCUUAACUGUGUGACAUGAGACGGGAAUCACCUUUAUCUGCGAGAGUUAAGAACAAGCUUGUAAGCCAUCGAAGAACAAUAGGCUUUCUAAACUUCUGGAAGAGUAGAACGAUGUAGAAUGGUAGUGUGGCACAAAUAAAAUUGUGCCUCAUUCUGGCUGUGCUGGAUAUGUCUGUCUAUUAAAUGGAACUGACCGUGUUUGUGACUUCUAUUUUGGGUUUUCCACUUGACGUUCAUCAAAAGUGCCUUUAUACUUGUUUGUAUAGGAAACCAGCUUUAGCAGAUGGACCUACCCAGGCUUAAAAAAAACCAAGAAGGAAGUACUGUUUAUGUACAGUGCAGACAGAAAUGUGUUGGGGCAAUUUGUGUCAAACUACUACAUGUUUUUGUAGUAUGUGUAUCUUUUUAAAAGCAUAGGCAUUGAAGUUAUAAAUUACUAGUCAGAUUAGAGAUAAAUGAAGGCCGUUUCUGUGAUGUCUCUUUACAUCUGAUGUCUUGUGUGCUUUUUGUACUUGAAAGGAACACCACAUUGAUAAUUUUAUAUGGUAAGAAAAUGAAGUUGAAGAUUCUGUAUAUAAUACCCGGAGAAUUAUGUUAACCUUUCUGUGAAUAAAUAUGAGAGGAUUCAUUAAA